AGGGCACUCAUAAGCGUACAGGUGCGUUUUACCGGUAUGAGCUGUACAUUGGUAAUUUUUGAUACCUUAAAAAAUAAUUAUUUCGAUAAACUAGGUCCCCAACAUUAUAAAGUUUUUAUUUUUAUUUUAUAAAAUUUUAAAAACCUUCGCUCAACGUCCCGGUUGUGUUUGGUGUCAUCAUUUGACGUUUUCAAUUGACGCUGCAGUUGAAGUGGCCGGCCGCUGUUCCUCGCUGUUGCUCUAUUUUCGUCCAUUGCACAAAACAACAAACGCGCGCUCCCCCCGGCAUCAUCAUCAUCAUCAUCAUGUCGCUCAAUCUCGGUGAUCCUUUCCCUAACUUCACUGCCGAAACCACAAUCGGUACGAUCGAUUUCCACCAGUGGAUAGGCGACAGUUGGGCCAUACUAUUUUCCCACCCCGCUGACUAUACGCCCGUGUGUACGACGGAGUUGGCCGCAGUCGCGAAGCUGGUGCCCGAAUUUGCACAACGCAACGUGAAACCUAUCGCCCUAUCAUGUGACUCGGUUGAAUCGCACCGUGGCUGGAUUGAGGACAUCAAGGCGUACGGCCAGCUGGCCACCGGCGAUCCGUUUCCCUUUCCCAUCAUCGACGAUUCGAAGCGUGAGCUGGCGGUCAAGCUUAACAUGCUCGAUCGGGACGAGAUCGGAUCGGCCGGGUUGCCUCUAACCUGCCGAGCAGUGUUCGUGAUCGAUGCCGGUAAAAAGCUACGACUCUCGAUCCUUUACCCCGCGACGACCGGGCGCAACUUUGCCGAGAUACUGCGCACCAUCGAUUCCAUGCAGCUGACGGACAAGCGCAAGGUGGCAACACCGGCCGACUGGAUGCCGGGUAAUACGUGCAUGGUGCAGCCGACGGUGCCGGAGGAUCAGCUGGCGACCCUGUUCCCGGCCGGCGUAAACAGUGUACCGUUACCGUCGGGGAAAAGGUAUCUGCGCAAAACCGAGUGUCCGAAGUGAUGGUGCCCCGGAGGACUUAAUCUACCCUAGGUACUUAAUGAAAUGCAGACAUCGGUGAAGUGUGAUUACAAUUGGCCAUUACACUACUAUACAGCUUUUAAUAGCAUUUUUGAUUGGAUUUACAUUGGAUGUAAUACAGUACAGCUAAAGAAUACAGAUUAUUGGAAUAACUUGAAGAAA